AUGGGGUCUGACGAGAAGUUACAAAGUGAAUACACCCCCAGAGCUUGGCUCGUCAUCUCUGGAGCGGCUACCUGCCUCUUCUGCACUGUGGGCUUUAUGAACUCCUUCGGAAUCUUCCAAGAGUACUACGCAACAAAUCAGCUAGCCCAAAGCUCCCAGUCGACAAUUGCAUGGCUUGGCGCAAUAUCCAUUUUCUUUCUAUUUUCGAUAUCUGUCGUUUCUGGUACAAUGCUUGAUGUGUUUGGCCCCAAGCUGCUGGCAUACAUCGGAUCUCUUGGAACAAUUUUCGCAGUUAUGAUGACGUCCCUAUGUGAGGAGUUCUAUCAGUUUUUCUUAGCACAAGGCGUCCUCCUCGGGAUAUCUAUGUCACUAGUUACAUGGCCGAUGCUGGCUCUCGUAGGGCAGCACAUCAAACGCAAGCGCGCUUUGGCCAUGGGAAUUGUGCUUGCAGGUUCAUCCCUGGGUGGGGUUAUUUGGCCCAUUGCCGUCGACAAGCUGUUGAAAAUCCCUGAUAUUGGGUUCCCAUGGACAAUGCGCAUUGUCGGCUUCAUCAUGAUUCCAUGUCUUUCUUUCUCUUGCGUCGCUGCCAAACCACCGAUAAUCCCCAAUGCAGCCGUCGAAGACAUGGACCACAGCCGGGGAUCCAGUACCGACAAUGCCAUUUCUCAAACAAAAGACACUGACAGAAAGACCGAAGCGAUCGCAUUGCUUCGCAAGCCAGAAAUGCAACUUCUCUGUGGCGCCAUGUUUAUUACAUACUUCGGCAUGUUUUCGCCCUUUUUCUACACAACUUCAUUUUCUGUUGAUAAGGGCUUUCCCUCGAGCUUUGGCUUUUACACAGUGUCAAUUGUCAACGGCGCGUCUUUCUUCGGUCGCAUCCUGCCAGGUAUUGUUGCUGACAAGUAUGGAAAAUUCAACUGCUGUAUUGUGUCGACCCUAGUGGCGGGUCUCGUGGCCUUGUGCUGGACAAGGGUGGAAUCAGUAGCCGGAUUGGGCAUUUGGUCCGCAGCCUAUGGAUUUGCAUCUGGGGGUAUCUUAUCGCUUCAGCAAGCCUGUGCUGCCCAAGUGGCCACUCCCUCUACGCUGGGUCUGGCUAUUGGCAGUGUUAGUGGGUCUACGGCAUUGUCUGCCAUGGCAAAUGUUCCCAUCAGCGGUGCGUUGGUUGAAAAAUAUGGGUACCUAUCGUUAUCUAUAUUUUCGGGGAUCUCGCUAUUGCUGGGUGGCGUCUUGCUUGGGGCUGCUCGUUUGGCGCAGAACCGAAAACUUGCUGCCAUUGUUUAA